CGGCGCUGCGGCACGUUCGCAACCACCUUGACGCUGCGCCGGCCUGAGGAGCGCUCAGAGAGGGAGAGACUCUCCAGGAGGACUGACGUUGUUAGCUGGGCCGGUUAAAAAAAAUAAGAACUCAGCAGCCAUGUCUAAACCCCACGAUGCAGGAACUGCUUUUAUCCAGACCCAGCAGUUGCAUGCUGCCAUGGCAGACACAUUCCUGGAACACAUGUGCCGCCUGGAUAUUGACUCAGAACCAGUCCUUGCCAGAAACACCGGCAUUAUCUGCACAAUUGGCCCGGCUUCUCGGUCAGUGGAAAUAUUGAAAGAAAUGAUUAAAUCUGGCAUGAACGUUGCCCGUCUCAACUUCUCUCAUGGAACUCACGAGUAUCAUGCAGGAACCAUCAAGAAUGUGCGAGAAGCUACUGAGAGCUUUGCUUCCAAUCCUAUCACCUACAGACCUGUUGCUGUUGCACUAGAUACUAAGGGACCUGAAAUUCGUACUGGACUCAUCAAAGGUAGCGGCACAGCAGAAGUGGAGCUUAAGAAGGGGGCAGCUCUGAAAGUGACCCUGGACAAUGCCUACAUGGAGAAAUGUGAUGAAAAUGUCCUGUGGGUGGAUUACAAGAACCUCAUCAAAGUUGUAGAAAUUGGCAGCAAAAUCUAUGUGGAUGAUGGUCUUAUUUCACUGCAGGUUAAAGAGAAAGGUGCUGACUAUGUCCUCACUGAAGUUGAAAAUGGUGGCUCGCUAGGCAGCAAGAAAGGAGUCAAUCUUCCAGGUGCUGCAGUAGACCUUCCCGCUGUUUCUGAGAAGGACAUCCAGGAUCUAAAAUUCGGCGUGGAGCAGAACGUGGACAUGGUGUUUGCUUCCUUCAUUCGCAAAGCAGCCGAUGUUCAUGCUGUCAGACAAGUGCUGGGCGAAAAGGGAAAGAAUAUCAAGAUCAUUAGCAAGAUCGAAAACCAUGAGGGAGUCCGCAGGUUUGAUGAAAUUAUGGAGGCUAGUGAUGGCAUUAUGGUAGCUCGCGGCGAUCUUGGCAUUGAGAUUCCAGCCGAAAAAGUCUUCCUUGCCCAGAAAAUGAUGAUUGGUCGAUGCAACAGAGCUGGCAAACCUAUCAUCUGUGCUACUCAGAUGUUGGAGAGCAUGAUUAAGAAGCCACGCCCAACACGUGCAGAGGGAAGUGAUGUAGCCAAUGCUGUCCUAGAUGGAGCAGACUGUAUCAUGCUCUCUGGUGAGACCGCCAAAGGAGACUACCCCUUGGAGGCUGUUCGUAUGCAACAUCUUAUUGCUCGUGAGGCUGAGGCCGCUAUCUAUCACCGUCAGCUGUUUGAAGAACUUUUCCGCAUCACUGCUAACAACAGGGACCCUGCUGAUGCCAUGGCUGUAGGCGCGGUGGAGGCCUCAUUUAAGUGCUUAGCUGCAGCUCUGAUAGUUUUGACAGAAUCUGGCAGGUCUGCUCACCUAGUGUCAAGGUACCGCCCACGCGCCCCCAUCAUUGCUGUGACCCGUGAUGAGCAGACGGCCCGCCAAGCACAUCUGUACCGUGGCAUUUUCCCUGUGCUGUGCAAAGAGCCAACCCAUGAUGCCUGGGCAGAAGAUGUCGACCUUAGGGUUAACCUGGGUAUGAAUGUUGGCAAAGCUCGGGGAUUCUUCAAGACUGGCGAUCUGGUCAUCGUGCUUACAGGAUGGCGCCCUGGGUCCGGCUUCACCAACACCAUGCGCGUGGUGCCAGUUCCAUAAACAUCAAGCCCAGCAAUCUCAUCUCUUCCCUACUGUCUUGGCACCUUCCCCUUGCAAUUAGACCAGCAUUUGCUUGCAGUAUUGUCCUUGUCUGUAGAGUGGGUAGAGGCUGCCCAAAACCACCGAGUGCAGUAGCUGGGGAAAGAGACUAAGUCUAGAAAUACUUGAAGUAGUUCUCUGAAAAGCAGAACCGUGUCCAUUUCUUCCCUUUCCUAGGGUACCUGGCCUUAUUGGUUAGGAGCCAGCCUUAGAGUAUCUAGCGUAGUAACUUGGGCUGCCUGGUGCCCUGCAGCUCCCUGGAGCGCAGUGGCCCUCUGUGGCAAUGGUGCUGGUCUGGCUGGCCGGUAAGGCAUUUAUGCAGUUGCUUGACGCCUAACCUGCCAGUCCUUCUCCCACUCCAAGUCUCCUUUCUGUAGUCUGGACUCCACCCGAACACUCCAACUAGGAGCUACACUCGACCGCAGCUCUCUAGCUCUUGCAGUAUCUUGCUAAUCUUGACUGGUCCCUGUGCGUAGGCAGGGCUCUGGUACAGUGCAACCUCACCUCUUGUUGCAUAAAUCACUUGGAUAUCUAAAUGUACACUCCAGUAGGCAGCAUAGAAGGCAGUACUUGCUCACCCCUUUAAAGUUUCAGAAAAACAGUUCUCAAACGUGGCUGUUGUGUCAUCUUUUUUUUGGUACAGCCAAAGGAGAGUAGUGGAAAUGAGUGUUUAGGGUGGGGGGAUCUUGCUUCAAGAGUAACUUGAGCUAAAGAUUACCGCAUGUUAGAUAAUGUAAUGGGAUGUAAUUACACAAGGCAGAUUCAAUAUAUGGUACUUAAGAGGGCUGAGCAGUGCAGUCGGUUGUUCCACUCAGUGCACUCCCACAUCUUCAGCUGCUAAGAGCUGCUUGUACGCCUGUUGCAGUGUUUGUGUUUGUGUUCGAGUUGAAUCAUGUUUCCUGAAAGCACUGUCCUUUGGAAAUCUGGAUAAGUUACCUCCUGUAACAGGUGAAUCAGGUUGUCAAGUACAACUUCGUACAUCAAUAAAGCAGAGCUCACUCCUA